AUGUUGACACAAUUUAAGAAUCGUAGAACUCUCUAUAUGGUUAAGUGUGAAUCUAAAUAAUAUAGUACUUAUUCAAUAAUUAUAAUUAUCACAAUCAUAGUAAAAUUUGGAACGUGUUACAUUAUUUAUACACAAUGAAAGAACAAGGUCGAAAUAAAACAACACCAACAGGAAUUAAAGGAGAAUUUGAUGAAGAUAUUACUAUUGUACUGGAAUCCAUAAAAGAAGAAGUGUUGGAUGAAGGUGAAAAAAAUUCUAAAAUUUCAAGAGAUAAACAACCAAUAAUAGUUGAACAACAACAAAAACACUCAACAAUAGUUAAAAAUCAACAACAAAGUCAACAACAACAACCUGAAAUUAUUGAAAUAAAAUCAGAAUCAAUAAUUGAUCAUCAAACUAACAAUAAUGAACCAGAAAAGAUUGCUGAACAAAUACCAUAUUGUUCAACGAAUUUAGAUAAUUCUGGUUAUCCUGGUUUCAUAGAGGCAAUAAGACAGGCAAAAGGGAAAAAAAAAUCCCCUGAUGUAUCAUUUCAAAUGCUUUUUUCAUGUUUUCCUGAAUCAGUCAUAACACAGCAUGAUAUUCAUCUAAAUAAAUGGUGGAAUUAUUGUUUAAUUGGGAAAAAAGAUCCACUAGAAACUGAUUUAUCAGUGUUCAUUGGCUAUCUUGAAAAAAAACUAGAUGCUGGUGCAUCAUGUGAGGAUUUAAAAUCAAUUUCAUCGACAGUUUGUCUUAUUGCAUCUGAUAAGAUGGCAAAUCAAAUUCACUCAUUGAGUUUUUUAUUUUUAGAAUUUGCUAAAUAUUCUUUUGUAAAUACAAAUAGUUACCAAACACCAGAAUUGUCAUGUCAAAAUAAAUCAAAAGUAUCGUCAAAAAUGCAAGAUAAAUCAAAAAUAUCAUCAGUACAAAUUGAGAAUGUAAAAAAAUCGAAAUUACCUGAAUUAAUUGAUAUAUCAGAUGAUGAUUUAGAUACUGAAUCGCCAGCGACAUUGUUAGAAAAGUCAAAUAACAAUGAGCCAACAAAUUUAAAAAAAAAUAGUGUGUUUUUACAAAAAGCAGUUGAUAGUUCUCAGUUGAUACCACCAUUAAUAAAAGCUCCAGCAAUAUUACUAUGCCCAGCGUCAAAGAAAAAAGUUGGUAAAAAUAAUGAAAUAAAAGAACUAGUACCUGGAUCUAUUAACGGUCAACAAACACAAGUAGUUGAGGUACUAGAAAAUAAUAAAGAAAAUCAGCAGAUAACAAUUAAAUGUAAAUCUCUAAAACAGCAAUCAUUAAUGAAAAUAACUUAUGCCGUUAUUGAUGAUGAAUCGGACUCAGAAAAUGAAAAAUCUCCAACAAUAACAAUGCCAAUUCCAGAAAAACAACAAGAUGAAAUCAUACAACAGCAACCGUCAACACUAUCAGCAGCAAAUAAGAAUCAAGAAAAUAAUCUUACAAAUAAUGUUGCACCAUCAACCACACCAUUACUAACACCAAGUAAAUUGAAUACAAGUGCCUUUGAGUGCUCAAGUAAUCCACUAGCACAAAACAUAGUUAAAACGAGUGGUAAUUUACAAAGUGGAUCAUCAUUAGUUAAUGUAGUUCGAAAGUCACAACAACACCAACAACAACUAUUAGCAAAUGAUACUCAUGCAAUUAAUUCUCCUACAAAAACAACAGAAAUUGAAUCACCAAUAUCAUCAGAAAACUUACCGAUACAUCAUAAUACACAUCCAUUGCCACCAUGUCAAUUGAAUACAAAUGCUUUAGUGUGCUCAAGUAAAGCACUGGCACAAAAUAAAGUUGAAACAGGUGAUAAUUUACAAAGUGGAUCAUCAUUAGUUAAUGCAGUUCAAAAAAAGGCACAACAACAACAACAACAAACACAAAAAGUUCGAUUAUAUUUUAAAAAAAAAUCACCAGUAAAACCAGUUAAUGAAAAUCAAUCACCAGAUAAACCUGAAAAUUUCGAUAAACCAGAUACUGAAUCAAUACCAGAUUUAUCUGAUAGAUCAGUAAAUUCUGAUAAUUCAUAUAAUGAAAUGGAAGCAACAAGUCAUACUGCAUAUUUACAAAAAGUCAUUGAUAAUCCACAAACAACAAUUGUACAGCAUCAAAUUGAAGGUAAUAUUGUUAGUAUUUUGGCUGUUAUGUCAAAAGAUGAACAGAGAUUAAUAACAUUUGAUAUACCAAAUGAAAAAUGUACUGUUAAUGAUUUACUUGAACAGGCUGGUAUAUCAUUUAAUGAAACAACAACAGUAUCACUUGUUAAAGAUCCAAUAUUAAAAAUAAAUUAUGUUGUUGAAAGUGAAGAUGGUAGUGCCUUAGAGUGCUCAAGUAAUAUACUAGAACAAAACAUAGUUAAAACGAGUGGUGAUUCACAAAGUGGAUUAUUAUUAGUUAAUGUAGUUCAAAAGUCACAACAACACCAACAACAACUAUUAGUAAAUGAUACUCAUGCAAUUGAUUCUUCUGCAAAAACAACAGAAAUUGAAUCACCAAUAUCAUCAGAAAACGUACCAAUACAUCAUAAUACACAACCAUCAACACCAUGUGAAAUAAAUACAAGUGUAUCAGAGAGCUCGAGUACAGGAAUAAACAAAAAUAUUGUUGAAAAAACUGCUAAUUCAAAAACUGAAUUACAGUUAAGUAAUGAAGCUCUAAAAAAUCAACAGCAACAACAACAGGCUGAAAGGGAAGCUGAUACAAUUGUUGAUUUAACACAAACUAGUGAUAAUGAUGAUGAAAAUAUUCGUAAAAGCUUAAAACUGCAGUCAGCAUUAAAGUGUCGUACUGUUAAAAUUGGAUCUUAUAAAUAUACACCAGAGGAUAAUGUCAUCAUAAAUACAUUUGGUUUAAUAUUAUCAGUACCAUUACUUGAGGAUGAAACUGAAACAGUUAAAGUACAUGUUCAAUAUAAAGAUAUUUAUAAAGUCUUGAUACAUUCUACUUCAUCAAAGCCAAUAUUAUUUUUCUACACAAAUACAAUAACUGGUUCUAAAAUACGUAAAUUACUAGGUAUGAAUAAUCCAAAAGGACUAUAUUUUGAUCCAGCUGGUGAAGAUCAAACUCACAAAAGAAUAAUAUUAUUCCCAAAAUUAUUAAAAAGCAAUUCAAUUAACAUAUUAAAAAAAUUAUUUUCAUCAAAUACGUGCGUCAAAGAAUUAAGUGCAAAAGAAGCUAAUGCUAUAUUAUUGAAAGGUGCAUUACUAAAAAAAUCAAAUAAUUCAUCAUCAAACAUCGGUAAAAGACAAACAACAAUUGGUACUACCAAUAAUAUUGUUAAAAAUUCGGCUAUUCAUCCGGCAGUAUCACUAAAAGGUGAUGAUUCAAAUAAAUCAAUUACAGAAGCUGAAUGUGAAAAGUUAUCAUGUAUCAAUAAAGAUACAAAUGCUAACGAUAAAAACAAUGAUGAAUCAAAUAAUAAAAAUGAUAAAUUAAAGGAUAAUGGUAGCAGACAAAAAACAUCACCUGUUAUUAUUGAAAAAACGAAGUUGGAUCAAAGUCAAUCAGCACAAAAUGAUGAGUUUGAUAAACAGAUAGCAAGCAAUAAUAAUAUUAAAAUCAUUACCAAUUCUGAUAAUACUUUUUCGAAUACAAUUUGCCUAACACUGACAAGUAAAAAUUUAUUAUCACUUGAUAAAAAUGAUAUAACUAGUUCUGAUAAUGAUAGUCAAGGCAGUAUUGAAAAUAGAAUUAAUAAUAAUAAACGUAAACAUUCACAGCUAGAAAUAACAGCUAAGGAAGAAAAUUCAAAUAAAAUUUUACCCUCAGAAAGAAAAUUUUUAAAAUAAUGUUUUCUUU